ACGUGAAGGUCUGGCGGAGCUGGGGACGAUGUGCGACCCGUUCCGGAGCUGCUCCAUCAGCGAGGAGAACGGCCUGAGCGCGUCCUUCACCAUCGCUCACGAGCUCGGACACGUGUUCAACAUGCCUCAUGACGACAGUCCGAAGUGCCGCGAGGCGGGGAUCAAGCAUCAGUUCCACGUCAUGGCCCCGACGCUCAACUACGACACCAGCCCCUGGUCCUGGUCCAGAUGCAGCCGCAAAUACAUCACGGAUUUCCUGGAGUUUGAUCACAAACAGACAGCCGGUGCGUUUGCUGCAGAGCUCUGGUGAUUGCUGGAGCAGCGACGUAAAGCGCUGAAAGUCAUCCAGAACCGCUCAAGUGUUUGGACUGUCUGUUCAGUUGAAGACGCAACACUCUCCAGUGGCUUGAAUCUCAUGCGAAAACUCAGAAGAAGCUGCACCAGAACUCUUUACUAAUGAACACGAGGCCGGUUGACCGUUGCUUACUGUUGCUCGCUCAGACAAGCUUCACAGAACGUCACGUAGAAGUAUAUAUGGAUAUUAAUCAUAAGUGGGCUAUAUGACGUCUGGCAUUGAAAAGCCUUUAAUCUGUCAUCUGAGCGUCUAAUACCGUGGUACUGAAUGAUUACUGUAUUUAUAUACCAUGAUAUUUACUUGUUUCUCUAAGCUGCCAUGGUACAUGUCCAAAAACCCUUCUAUAAUAAUAACAGUGCGUAAUUUUCCUUAAUAAACUCACUUUAGCAACCCGCCCAAAUGAUCUGCAGGUGUGUGC